AUGGCGAUGAAAAUUCUAACGCCGUUGGCUGUAUUUGUGACAGCUGUCUCAGCCCAAUUCGAGGUUCCAAUGGUUCGCAGUGUUGACAACUCAACAAUUUUCCCAGUCGCUGUUCAAAAUCACAUUUUGGCUACACUCAAUGGGCUUCGAGCGCGAGUGGCAAGAGGAGUGGAACCGUGGGCAAGAAAACCGAAAGGCACCUUUUAUCCAAAAGCGGCCAGAAUGUACAAGCUGCUCUGGGAUCCAGUGUUGGCUAGAGAUGCUCGCACACGACUAGACACACUCGAGUUUUUGAGGGAUCCAAACCCAGAGGGGAUUAGAGUCGGCACGUUGGAUGGAUUGGUACCAACCAAUAACGACUGCUGCACUGGCGAGCUUUUCAUCGGCACCAUUCGUGGGACUACUCAGAACCAUAAAAAAAGUGCUCAACAAUAUUUUGACGAUACGUGGACGAAAAACUGGUAUGGAAGGAUGAAACUAGAAGGUGUUAUUGGUGGUUUGAUCUAUCAACGUUAUCCGCACGUCAUUCACGGAUAUUUCUCUGAAUGGACCAGCGCCGACGCGAGGAAUCACAUUCAACAGAUCAUUUCGGGCGACACACAGAAAAUCGGCUGCGCCUACAGAAAUAUGACCGACUUGCAAACCUAUGCGAUCCUUUGCCGGCUCAUGCAAAAGGGAGUAUCUGCGGAGAUUCCAAUUUACGCAACUGGUGGUGCCAUUGGCACGCACGCUACCAAUAUCAACAAGAAGGCCCCAGUCGAAAGCAAUACCGCAUUUUGCCUAUCAUCUGCCCAUGGAGCUCAGCCGAAUAUCGGUCCAGCAGCUAUUCAAGCACUCUUCGUGAAUACAACUGAGCUGCUGAAUUCAGCUAAAGAUGCCUUUCUCGCGAUCAACAAUCUCAAACUCUGCUCCAAGAAAAUCGCGUAUGCUAAGAAUUGGACAAAACACGAGAUUACGGAUCCCGAUCUUCGAGCUGCUGUCAACAAAUUCGUCAAUCUGACUUGUGUCUUAGAUGGCUUCUAUCAGAGACGCUUUCUUCCACAAGUCCGCAAACUGAACAUCACUGCGGCUCAAGUGCAAAAGAUGAGAACUGAAUACUACAAUUUACUCAUUGAGGGAGCUAAUGAUCCAAAUCAAGCGAUCUUUGAUUUUUUCAAGACCCUUAAUGCGACGUUGGUUGAAAUGGGAGUCGCCAAACCGGGAACCGCCAUCGCUAAUGCGAUUUUGGCAACUACUCAAGGCAUGUCUCAAAAGCUUGAUGAAGUUUCAUUUGCUGCUGGCUCGGGAUUCCUUUUUAUCCCAAUGUACUUUGUCACUUUUUCCCCGUUGGUGCUCUUCUGGAUCGUGUACAGAAGAGAGAAAAGUCGAAUCAAGACAACAAAUGCUUUAAUCGAUUUGGAAGGGAAAGCGAAAAAUCUCUAUUUCGAGACAUAUCGAAAUCAAUGGGAAGUUGACGAAGUGAAACGGACUCCCAGUGCCAACAGUCUCAUCAACUAUCUCCACAAAUUUUGUCGAAAAAUAUCAUCGAGUUCA